AUGGCAAAAGGAGGGAAACUAGCAAAGUUGAUAAAGAAGCUAUCCUUUGGUAAAUCCACUGCAACAAACACCAUCUCCUCCUCCUUCUCCUCCUCCAUCUCCGCCUCCUCGAGCUCGAUACGAUCCGAUAUCUCAGACUCAGCCUCCUCGGACACCUCGUCCGCCACCCUACACCCGGUUUACGUAGGGAAGUCGAGGCGGCGGUACCUCCUCUCUUCCGACGUAGUAGGCCACCCCCUCGUCCAACAAGUCGCCGGAAAAACUGCCGGAGACGAUGACAUUACCGUUGUAGGGUGUGAAGUGGUGUUGUUUGAGCAUUUACUUUGGAUGUUGGACAAUGCUGAUCCUAUGCCUGAGUCUUUGGAUGAGCUUGCUGAUUUUUAUGCUUGUUGA